AUGGCACUCGUGACUGCUGUAGCAAUUGCUGUCACAUUGGGAGCUGCAGCUUACUUGGACGGGAAAUAUGCUUUAAGAAAGGACAUUUACUCAUUGAGGCGCCUGAAGUACAUUGAAAAGUUGUACGCAGCGCAUGUCAAAGAGAAUCGGAUUUCGCUGUACUACUUCUUCGAAGCUUCCGUCCAACGUAAACCCAACGACGAGUGUAUAUGGUCGAGAGAAGGAUGCUACACAUGGACACAAGCGUACGAGAGAAGCCACCAAUGGGCCAAUUGGUUUCUAGAGCAGGGAGUCAAGCCUCACGACUAUGUGGCUUUCUAUUUGACCAAUAGCCCUGAUUUCAUCUUCGCAUGGUUGGGGCUCUGGGCUAUUGGUGCCGCUCCUGCUAUGAUCAAUUAUAAUUUAGCGGGAAAUGCCUUAAUUCAUUGUCUGAAAGUCAGCAAUGCAAAGUUGCUGUUGGCCGAUGAGGAGCCAGCACUCAGGCAAAGAGUUGAUGACGUCCGUAGUCAAAUUGAGGGAGAUCUCGGCAUGAAAAUCAGUGUUCAAGACAGAGCCACCACGAACACAAUCCGUGCUGUCAAGCCGGAGAGGCCGGCAGAUGUAUACAGAGAAGGUGUGAGAGGAGAGUGGCCUAUGGCCUUGUUCUACACAAGUGGCACUACCGGCAUGCCCAAAGGCGUUCCAUACACCGUUGAGCGUUCGUAUGAGCGUGCUGCCGGAAGAAGAACCAAUGAGCUUGACGACGAUCGUUGGUAUGAUUGCAUGCCAUAUUACCAUGGUACAGGGGGAGUUCUAGCGAUGUCUUGUAUGAUGACCGGUCUCACGCUUUGCAUUGGCAAAAGAUUCAGCACGUCCAAAUUCUGGCAAGACGUUCAUGAUUCGCGUGCAACAUGGAUCACGUAUGUAGGAGAGACAGCUCGAUAUCUGUUAGCUGCUCCACCAUCACCGCUUGACAAAGAUCACCACGUCCGUGGUAUGUAUGGCAAUGGACUUCGACCUGACGUUUGGUUCAAAUUUCGCGAAAGAUUCGGCGUUAGUGAGAUGUCUGAGUUCUUCGCCUCUUCUGAAGGCGUGUUCGGUCUCAUCAACAAUUGCAGAGGUGAUUACCUUGCAACUUGUGUUGGACAUCACGGGGCAAUAUUGCGCUACCGAUUUAAGGAUUAUAUGGUCCCAGUCCUGAUCGAUCAAGCAUCUGGAGAGAUUGCUCGAGAUCCAAAAACAGGUUUCGCCUAUCGACAACCAUAUGAGACAGGCGGUGAAAUGAUUGUUCAGGUCCCGAACGAGCAAUUCUUCCCUGGAUAUUACAACAAUCCAGGAGCCACUGCGAAAAAGUUCGAACGCAACGUUUUCAAGAAAGGAGACUUGUGGUAUCGAUCAGGCGAUGCACUUCGGAGAACUCUAGAUGGACGAUGGUUUUUCAUGGAUCGCCUUGGAGAUACUUUCAGGUGGAAAGGCGAGAACGUCAGUACGGCCGAGGUCGCCGAGGUCCUGGGGAAAUACCCAGGAGUUGUUGAAGCAAACGUAUAUGGCGUGGUUCUACCAUUUCAUGACGGUAAAGCAGGCUGUGCUGCAGUCUACAUCGAUCCUGCUGUCAAGAAGAAUUUUGAUUACGCUGGACUGCUCAAAUAUGCGAGGGUUCAUCUUCCAAGAUACGCCGUGCCUGUCUUUGUUCGCAUUGUCAAGGAGAUGACGCCCAUCCACAACAACAAGCAGAACAAGGUUCCCCUUCGAGAAGAGGGCGUUGACCCAACAAAGGUCAAAUUAGAGGACAAGGUCUUAUGGAUUGAUGAGAACGGCAAGGGUCACAGCUAUGUCGACUUUCACGUUGACCAGUGGGAAGAUCUCAAGCUCGGUAGGGCCAAACUAUAA